GCGGUUCAUUCUGGGUAGGGCACUUUGAAGGCGGCCAUAUUGGCUCUUCGUCCUGGCUGAAGGAGAGAGAUGAAGGGGAUCCGGGGAAUCAGUCAGCUGUCGAGACGGUUCUAUGCGGCGGCCAGAAAAGGCCAGUCCCUUACCGAGCCUCUGGUUGGUCUGAAGCUCUCUCCGGGGGCUGCCCACUCCUACCAGGAUGUUCAUGUAACCAAGCUGCCCAGUGGACUGGUCAUCGCCUCUCUGGAGAAUUACUCCCCGGCCUCUAAAAUCGGUGUCUUCGUCAAGGCCGGUUGUCGCUAUGAGACCCCUGACAACCAAGGUGUCACCCACCUCCUCCGGCUGGCCUCCAACCUGACAACCAAAGGAGCGUCGGCGUUCAAGAUCUGCCGCGGUGUUGAGGCGGUGGGAGGCAGCCUGAGCGUGACUUCGUCCCGAGAGAAUAUGGUGUACACGGUCGACUGCUUGAGAGACGACAUCGAUACAGUGAUGGAGUUUCUGAUAAAUGUGACAACGGCUCCUGAGUUCCGUCCAUGGGAGGUUUCUGACCUCACGCCCAGGGUGAAGUUGGACAAAGCACAGGCUGCUCACAACCCCCAGAUAGGUGUGGUUGAAGGUCUCCAUGCAGCGGCGUACAAGAAUGCUCUGUGUAACUCCCUGUACUGCCCCGAUCAUAUGGUCGACAACAUCCAGUCCGAACACCUUCAUCAGUUUGUCCAGAACAACUUCACAAGUGCAAGAACGGCUCUUGUAGGACUUGGCGUUGAGCACUCUGUGCUGAAGCAGGUGGGGGAGCAGUUCCUCAACAUCCGCAGCGGAGCCGGAACCACAGGGGGAAAGGCCCAGUACCGCGGAGGAGAGGCCCGUCUGCAGAGCAUCAGCAGUCUGGUCCAUUCCGCCGUGGUGAGCCAGGCGGCAGCAGCCGGUACCGGGGAGGCGCUGGCCUUCAGCGUGCUGCAGCAUCUACUGGGAGCUGGUCCACACGUCAAGAGGGGCUCCAGUGUCUCCAGCAAAUUGGUCCAGGGGGUCGCCAAGGCAACCGCCGAGCCCUUCGAUGUGAGCGCUUUCAAUGCAAGCUACUCUGACUCUGGUCUGUUUGGGGUCUACACCAUCUCCCAGACGGCAGCAGCUGGUGAUGUGAUCAAGGCCGCCCUCGCCCAGGUAAAGGCUGUCGCUGAUGGGGGAGUCACAGCCGCGGACCUGACCCGGGCCAAGGCUCAACUAAAGGGUCACUACCUGAUGUCUCUGGAGACCUCAGAGGGUCUGCUGGAGGCCAUGGGCUCUCAGGCUCUGGCUGACGGAUCCUACCACUCUCCAGAAGAAAUCUCCAAAAACAUCGACAACGUCUCCCUGACUGAUGUUGCAAAUGCUGCCAAGAAAUUUGUGACCGGCAAGAAGACGAUGGUAUCCUCCGGCAACCUCAUAAAAACUCCCUUUGUGGAUGAAAUUUAAAACCUCCUGGGCCCUUUGAUUGACAACACGUGUUCCUCCACAUUCUAGUAGAAACAAAGGCCAUAACAGUCUUUUUUUCCAAAAAUACAAACCUAAGAACAUAAUAAUGACACCACUGAAUCUUUAUCUGUGUUGUAACAGCAUAACGUCGGUAUUUCAUCUGUCCUCUUGGCAACUGUAUAGCAGAUGUAAAAUAAGGAAUAAAAUCUAUCUACCUUAA